CGACGUUCGAACCCACGUCUGCUCCAUUUGUCGGUGGUAAGGCCCCGGUAGUAUUCGUCUGGCCCCCAGGACACAGGAGGUUGAGUCUAAAACUCCUCUCUCCAUCCGUAUAUCUGCUUCUUCAAACCAACAAUGGCCACUGAAGUGGCACCGGGUCUCGUCAGCCAAGAAGAGAAUCUGCUGCAACUCGAAAGCCUCCUUGCCUCUGGCGUGUCUCCUCCCUUCAUAUACGUUAACUCUCCUACCGCAUCUCGCCCAGUCUCUCUUCAGCUCCGACACCUCUUUCAGCAACUUGCCUUAGAGGAUGCCACCAUCCGCUACGCCGUCGUGAAUGCUGUCGCCUGCUUCACUGCGCGUCUGCUCUUUGACGCUAUCAUCAACGACCUCGCCGACUGGACUCCGGACUGGGAAAAUGACUGCACAAGCUGGGGCGACGGGAAGUGGGGCGAGAACCUCGAUGGCUUCAUACAUGGAUUACAGACGUUCAGCGCGGAACAAACGCCCUCGCCAAGGUUGGUGAUUGCUCUCGAGCAUGCAGAAAGAAUACCUGCAGAGGUGCUCGUCCCACUUACCGAGCUCGCUAAACUCUCGCGACUGAACCUAACUGUAAUAAUGCUUUCUGACGUUCGAUGGGAGGAUCUGCGACCUACCCUCGCGUCCGCUAUCGACCCUUACUACAUUGACGUCGCCCCGCCCUCAAAAGAAGCCGUCAGCAGUCAAUUGCUAGAAUCAUACCCUUCUCCCGCAGAUGCAGAUUUAGAUAUCCCUAUACCACCGACAUCCUAUCAUCCUGCCCUCCGACAAGUCUAUGCCGUCUUCGUCAACAUGCUCUGCGACGUCUGCUUCCCCUAUACCCGCGACGUAACCGAGCUCCAGUACAUUGCCGCUGCCCGCUGGCCCGGUUUCGUGCAACCCAUCCUAGAUGCGCACGAAGAGCUCGUUAAAGAGCAUGAAGAGGCGGUGGCGGCACGGAUGGCCGAGGACGAUGCUGAUGGACUAGAGGAGCUGGGCGAUACGCCAGAGCUCGUCGCUCCAGACCAAGAGUCGAUCAUCAGCCUGACCGCACGGUUUCGGUCAUCCAUCGCGAACGCAUUGGACGCGCUGUUGCCGCGCAAAGUUUCCGCGAAGGCGUGGGCGGACGCGCAGGCGCUGAAGGAGGGACAAUCGACGGACCCGAAGCAUGAUUCGUCGAGGGAGAAUCGAGCUCCUCUGGUGGACCUCCCUCGUAUGUCGAAGUUCAUCCUCGUCGCCGCGUUUUUGGCUUCUUCGAACCCUGCAAAGUCGGACCUGCGCAUGUUCGGGCGCGGAUUGGACGAGCGGGGCAAAAAGCGGAAGGCGAGGCGGGUGAACACCAUCAAGGGAGGGCAGCAGAAGGUACCUCUGCAACUCGCCGGCCCUGCCGCCUUCCCCCUCGACCGCAUGUUGGCCAUCCUCGGCGCGCUGCUAGAAGAGUACGAUGCCGACACGCGACCACUCGCACCACAAUAUCAGAUUCCAGGAGAGUACACCGAUGCGGAGAUCGGGCGCGUCGCGGUAUACGGGGCGAUCGGACAGCUCACCAAGAUACGCUUGCUCGACCGCACCACGCCGAAUGAGCGGCUGGACGGGCCACCGAUGUUCAAAGCGCGGAUUACGCAUGAGGUGGCACUGGAGUUGGCGAAGCAGCUGGGCUUGCCGUUGAAUGAUUUGCUGUAUGAGCAGAUGUAGGGAGGUCUCAAAGGAUGGGUUGAACAUUAUAUUACCACGCAUACGCAUAGAAUGUUACUUUAUCACAGUACUGUCUGCUCCAUUGUCAGCAGCUGCAGAUGGGCCCGCGCAACCUCCUCG